UUCAUUGAUUAUUAUGGAGUCUUUACACUCCCCUCUCAACGUAAAACUUCACCGUCACUGUUCACUAUCUCUGUUUUCGAUUACUUCAUGCCCUCUUCAAUGCCAGUCUUCACGUUCACGCUUUUUCACGUCGUCUAAGUUGGCAGCUGCAAAGAAACGAGUUAAAACGAUUCAUUGUGAGUUUGACGGCAAAGUUAACGGCGCUUUAUCUUCUGACUUAGACUCUCGCUUCCUUGACAGGCAAAAAGCACUGGAUGCGGCAAUGAAUGACAUAAAUAGCUCAUUUGGAAAAGGAAGUGUUACAAGAUUGGGUAGUGCUGGUGGAGCUCUUGUUGAAACAUUUCCCAGCGGCUGUUUAACACUAGAUUUGGCCUUAGGUGGUGGACUUCCUAAAGGAAGAAUUGUAGAGAUAUUUGGACCAGAAAGUAGUGGAAAGACAACUCUUGCACUCCAUGCAAUUGCAGAAGUGCAGAAGCUUGGAGGCAAUGCAAUGCUUGUGGAUGCAGAGCAUGCUUUUGAUCCUGCGUAUUCGAAAGCAUUGGGUGUGGAUGUAGAAAAUUUGAUUGUUUGCCAACCUGAUAAUGGAGAGAUGGCUCUAGAAAUUGCAGAUCGUAUGUGCAGAUCUGGUGCCGUUGACCUUAUUUGUGUUGAUUCUGUAUCAGCUCUUACUCCAAGAGCAGAGAUUGAAGGUGAGAUCGGGAUGCAGCAAAUGGGAUUGCAAGCUCGCCUCAUGAGCCAGGCUCUACGUAAAAUGUCAGGAAAUGCCUCUAAAGCUGGUUGUACUCUCAUUUUUCUCAAUCAGAUCAGAUAUAAGAUUGGUGUAUAUUAUGGGAAUCCAGAAGUCACUAGUGGAGGAAUAGCACUAAAGUUUUUCGCCUCAGUUCGUCUAGAAAUACGUUCUACAGGGAAGAUAAAAUCUGUUAAAGGAGAUGAGGAUAUUGGACUUCGAGUUCGUGUAAGAGUGCAAAAGAGUAAGGUAUCAAGGCCAUACAAGCAAGCAGAGUUUGAAAUCAUAUUCGGAGAGGGAGUGAGUAAACUGGGAUGUGUUUUGGAUUGUGCUGAAAUGAUGGAUGUUGUGGUAAGGAAGGGAGCUUGGUAUAGCUACGGAGACAAUAGGUUAGGACAGGGGAGAGACAAAGCAUUACAGUACCUGAGAGAGAACCCUAUUCUCCUCGAUGAAAUAGAGAAGAUAGUUCGAUCUACAAUGGCUGAUGGGAUGGUACAUCAAGGUGUGUCUCAUUUGAAGAGCUUAGUACAGCCUCAUCAGGAUGAAAAUACUUUUGACGAUAUUUAGCAAGUCUCAUUUGAAGAGCUUAGUACAGCCUCAUCAAGACGAAAAUACUUUUGAAGAUAUUUAGCAAGACAAAUCGGAUUUAUUCAUAACUAUCAGAAUUCACAGGCGGAAAACAGAUGGAACGAUUUUUUCCAGAUGCAUCAUAUUUGUAGUAAGCAAGAUUUGGUGCUUUGAUGUACAUACCCCUCGAUUCCGCGAGAUGAAAACAACAAAACCUCUCUUUACCGAGUUAAUGCUCAUGAAAAUUCAAUUCGCUUUUAUUUUGUUGCUGUUUGAUGAUGUAGAGGAAGGUGAAAGGAGAGGGAAUGGAAUGAAAUUAAACAAUUUUUUUAGUUG